CUCCUGUCUCCUCCUCCUUCCUCUCCCAUCUCAGUCUCCCCUCAGCAGCAGCAGCAGCCUCUCGGUGUUUCGGCAGAGCAGGAGGAGAAACCGGAGGAGCGGCAGAGCGAUGCUGAGAGCGCGGCAGGAUGUCUUUCACCUCCUCCUCCUCCUGGUCCCGGACUCUCCGAGUCUUCCUUUUUCUGCAGCUCCUCCUCGUGCCGUCGUGCCUCCUCCACCCGCAGCCGUGCCACCUCCUGGCUCAGAUCGGACACACGGUGCGCGUCGGUGCGCUCCUGCCGGCGCAGCGGGCGGCUCGCGUGCAGGUCCAGGCGGCGCUGAGCCGCGCGGCGGUCAUGAUGAGUCGGGACCCGGACCCGGACCCGGACCCGGACCGGGAGAGGGACAACUUUCUUCCCUACAACCUGAGCCUGGAGCUGGUGUCCCGGCAGCCGGCCGCCGCGGACCCGGAGUCCCUGUUCCGGUGCGUGUGUCAGGGCGUGGUGGUGCAGGGAGUGUCCGCCGUGCUCGCCUUCCCGCAGAACCGCGAGGAGCUGCUACAGGUGGACUUCAUGGCCUCGUUCCUGGAGAUCCCGUUCCUCAGCGUCUUUGAACACGGAGAGCCGCUCCGCACGCAGAACCGGUUCCACCUGCAGAUGUUGAUGGGGGUUCCAGAGUCCGGUCUGUCCGAUCUGUUGCUAUCGGUUCUGCAGCGAUCCGGUUGGAGGGAGGGUACCGCGGUUCUGUGUCGGGGUUGGGAAGAGUCUCGGGGUCUCCUGAGGCUCCUGAAUGAUCAGCGUGGGAGCGGUGCAUCAUGGGACGGUGGGGGCGGGACCACCUGGCACCUGCACGCCGUCCUGAACCUGACGCAGUCAGCACAUGACGACACUCAGAUCCACGACUUCCUGUCCCGACACUUCAGACAGAACCAGCCUUCACCGGCGUCUGUGCUGCUGUUCGGAGCCGACCCGCAGUGCGCGGCAGCGGUGCUGCGCAGCGCCCAGGACCUGGGCCUCACAUUACCCAUGGUGCACUGGGUGCUGGCCCAGCCAAUCAGCCCCGACGCACUGCAUGCUAUCGGGCUGCCGCUCGGCCUGCUGGCCUACGGAGAGGUGGACAGGAAACCGCUCGACUUCUACGUGAGAGACGCCCUGCAGCUCAUCACCAGGGCUGUUGCCGCAGCAACCGUGGUGAGACCAGACCUGGCUCUGAUCCAGAACAUGGUGAACUGCUAUGACAAACCCAACAAACACGAGGUGCCAUCGUCAGGACAGUACCUGUCCAGGUUCCUGUCCAACACCUCUUUCUUUGGUUUGACGGGUCCAGUUCGAGUCCACCAGAACCGGUCUCAGGUCCUCACCUCACAGCGUUUCCACAUCUGGAGCCUGCGGCGGGACGCGCUAGGUCAGCCCUCCUGGGUGACGGUGGGCAGCUGGGAGGGAGGCCAGCUGCAAGUGGAGGACCAGGGAGUCUGGCAGGGACCCAAACCUCACCACAGGACAGAGGGGACAGGCGGGAGGACCAGGGGCCGCUGGAGGGCAGGGAUGCCUGUGGCAGGCAGUCGGGUCCGGGUGGUGACUCUAGUCGAACAUCCCUUUGUGUUCACGCGGGACGUGGACGAUGAGGGCAGCUGCCCGGCCGGCCAGUACUGCCUGGACGCCAGCACCAACAGCUCGGAAACUCUGGAGAGAUUCUUCGGAGAGGUGGCGGGUGGGAACGGCAGCUUCCUGCCUGCAGAAUACAGCAAGUGUUGCUACGGAUACUGCAUCGACCUGCUGGAGAAGCUGGCUGAGGACCUGGGGUUUGAAUUUGACCUUUAUAUUGUCGGGGACGGGAAGUACGGCGCGUGGAAGGGGGGACGCUGGACCGGGCUGGUGGGGGAUCUUCUGAAUGGACUGGCAGACAUGGCCGUCACCUCCUUUAGUAUUAACUCAGCUCGGAGCCGGGUAAUCGACUUUACCUCGCCUUUCUUCUCCACCAGCCUGGGCAUCCUGGUGCGCAGUAAGGACACAGCAGCACCCAUUGGAGCCUUCAUGUGGCCCCUGCACUGGUCCAUGUGGGUGGGCAUCUUCCUGGCGCUGCACAUCACGGCACUCUUCCUCACACUGUACGAGUGGAAGAGUCCAUACGGCAUGACACCUCACGGACGCAACAGGAUCAGGGUGUUCUCGUACUCAUCUGCUCUGAACCUGUGCUAUGCCAUCCUGUUCGGACGCACCGUCUCCUCCAAGACGCCAAAGUGCUGGACGGGUCGGUUUCUGAUGAACCUGUGGGCCAUCUUCUGCCUGCUGGUGCUGUCCAGCUACACUGCCAACCUCGCCGCCGUCAUGGUGGGAGAGAAGACCUUCGAGGAGGUGUCAGGGAUCCAUGAUGCCAAGCUGCACCACCCAUCUUGGGGUUUUCGUUUUGGGACGGUGAGGGAGAGCAGCGCAGAGGAUUACAUGAAGAAGAGCUUUCCAGAGAUGCACGAGUACAUGAGACGCUUCAAUGAGCCGACCACACCUGAAGGAGUCGCCACUCUCAAGACAGAUCCUCCUCAGCUCGACGCCUUCAUCAUGGACAAAGCUCUGCUUGACUAUGAAGUUUCCAUCGACGCUGACUGUAAACUGGCAACUGUCGGGAAACCGUUCGCCAUUGAAGGUUAUGGUAUCGGCCUGCCUCAGAACUCUCCUCUGACCUCCAACAUCUCAGAGUUCAUCAGCAGAUAUAAAUCAGAGGGAUACAUGGACCUGCUGCACGACAAGUGGUACAAAGUGGUUCCCUGUGGGAAUCGAGUGUUCGCCGUCACCGAGACUCUUCAGAUGGGGAUCAGUCACUUUUCAGGACUCUUCGUGUUGUUGUGUGUUGGAGUGGGUGGAGCGUUGCUGACUCUGGCAGGUGAACACGGUUUCUACCGGCUCGUUCUGCCUCACAUCCGCCGCAGACAGAACCUCAAAUACUGGCUGCACACCUCACAGAAAAUCCAUCGCGCUCUGAACAUGACGUACGAAGACGUGAAGAAGCAGCGAGCUGAAAAAGAGAAAAGCUGUAACCUGAAGCCUCAGCCCCCGGCCCCCGGCCCCGCCAGCCCCGGAGCCUCGGCCAAGUGGAACAAUGAGACCAGUAAUGACGCCGCCGCUGCCGCCGCCGCCGCCGCUGCUAAGGACUCCCGAGACUUCAAACGAGUCCACUUCAACCUGGAGACCCUGAACACCCGCCGCCUGCUCGCUCGCAUUGCCACCUCCGAAGCCAAGGGGGUCAAAUGUGAGGGGGAGUGGCCUGCCAAGCCGAGGGCGGGGCCAAACAGCAGACUGUGUGAGAACGGAGGACCGGCGGCUUCGCUUCCCAGCCUGGUGCUCUCUCUCCCCUCAUCUUCCUCCUCUUCUUCUUCCUCUGCCCAACCCAAAACCUCCGCCCCUCCCCCUGCUGUGGUGGCCCCGCCCUCCGCCGCCGUGGCCCCGCCCCAGCCUGGCGAGCUGCAGGAGCUGCAGGAGCUGCAGGAACAGAUCGAGCAGAUGAGGGAGAAGCUGAGGACGGCUCUGGCCAGGAGGGCCGAGAUCCAGUCCACUAUGGCCAAACCUGUCGCCACGGUGACAAACAGCCCAUCUCCGGUCACUACCACGACGACAACGAUGACAGGAGCUCUGCCCACCGCCCCCCCCAGCAUUGCCCCGGUAACGCCCCUCCCUGCCAAUACAAAGUGCGUCACAACCAUGACAGACCCGCCUCACAAAGUCCUGUCCAAAGUCCGGCCCCUCCACAGCAGACUGACCAAUCAGAGGAGAUGAUGCUCUCUGUACAGAUCACAUGACCCUCUGCACAUGGCGGCCAUUUUAAACUGCUGAGAGGGGAAAACAAAUGAUUCAUUAUUUAUUUUUAAAUGCCAAACAGAUCAGACAAUAAGGCCACGUUAGUGUUUCUUACUUAUUCAUCCAUCGGAGUUUCUACCCCGUGUGACUCAAACACAGUAAUCUGUUCAUAUGUGACACCAGGACUUUUAAUGUAACACAAUACAACAUUUAGCUCUCUUCUUUCUGUGGCCUUUAGUUUCACAGCAAAGAUUCCCGUUCCACAUUAUCUGUGGAGGCUCUGGACCGGACGCUCAGACUCACUGUAAUAUUAUAUUGAUAUCACAUGAGACGAACUGGUAAACUCACUGUUAAGUAGCUCCAACAGAGCAUAUGUUACUGUAUUAUAAAGAAAAACACAACUAUAAAAAUAUGUAUUUACUAGGUUUACCAAUAUAUUAAGAGGUUUUUAAUGACUGCAUGCAAUGCAUAGAUAACAGGGUUUUCAGGGGUAAAAACUCAAAUUUACAAAAUAACAUUACAGGUUCUCCUUAAUUUGUACCUUAAAAGGACAUUAAUUAUUCAAAAAGAUGCACAUUCAGGGGUUCACCCCAGAUUUGGAGUUAAUUAUUGGACAAAUUAACAAGUUAUAGUAAAGUCAUUAAGAGUAUCUGCACAGUUUAAUGGAAGUUUAAAAACUUCUCAAAAUUUACAAAAUAUUAUAAAAUCUACCCCAAUACCUUUUUUUAAAAAUUAUGUUAAAUUAUCUUAAACCCUUAUAUCGAGCAGAUGAUCCAACAAGCCUUUUAAAAACCCCUUAAUGUAUAAAUGUAUGAUAAUCCAUAAAUGGUAUUAAUCGAUUGGACCCAAAUUUGGGUUAACCCCUGAAUUUACACCUUAAUUGAAAAAUGAAGGUCCUUUCAAGGUACAAAUUAACGGGUAUCUGUAAUGUUAUUAUGUCUAUUGCAAUCAAAAACAGGGAAAAACACCUUUAAUCCAUGUUAAUAUAUUCGGAUCCAUUAAUUUGUCCCAAAUCUGGGAAACUUGUUAAAUAUCUGAAUACUGAAGAAAAUGAAAUUAAAAUCUCAUUAAUUAGAGUAACAUAAACCAAAACCCCUGAACCUUAUUAAAACCUUAAACUCAUCAUUCAUGGAUUGUCAAAUAUUUCACAUUCAUGUGGAAAUUAAGGGGAAACUCAUGAAGCCCUUAAAUUAGUUUUAAUUAAUGGACAAAUUGAGGAUCUCUGAUUACCGAACACACUGAUUUAGACCAAGGUGUUCGCUGUGUUUUCAGGGGUAAUUUAAGGGUUAAUUAAGGGACUCGUUUCGUAGUGAGUAGGAUUCUCUGGGCUGCAGAUGGUUAGGGAAGUCAGAAAGUAAAAUAUAAUAUUAGAUAUCACUUUACAAACAUUUGGAGGCACUGCAUGUAAAUUAGGAACAUCAGAGGACCCUCAAUUGACCCCUGGGGUUCACCAGAUUUAACACAUUGUUGUUUGGCUCUUUCAUAAAACAUUUUGACAUUAGAAUGAUUGAAUAAAAAUAUAAUUAUGCUUUUAAAAUGUCCUUAAAGAAUCCAGAGGCAUAUUUUUAUAUAUUUGGUAAGUAAACUAAUAAGUUGUAAUAAGUUUCUGCUUCAUUAAAGCAGCUGGUUGAUCCUGUUGCUGCUAAUUUGACAACUUUUCAGUUUAUGUGAAACACUCUGUUUUUGUAACAGUAGUUUUUAAUUGUAAAUGUUUAAAAUGGCCGCUGUGACACUAAAGCGUGGACAUGGUUUGAGGAAGUUUGAACUCUGGUGGUGCAGAAACGUGACUUCCUGUGAGGCUGAACGCAGCAGCGUGGCAGCUCUGCUCACCAACAAACAUCAGAGAACUGACAGGAGCCUCAGAGGAUUAAAAACUACAGGAAGUAAACGCACCACCAAAAAACAAAACGAGCCGGAGCGUCAGACAAACAUAACAGACGGUUUUCUCUGAUUCUGUUCUCGACUCGUUGCUGUCAGUGCAAUAAGUAGUGUGUUGUUAAGUAACGCACCUUCAUGUUAUAUAGGAAACGUUACAGGUACCUUUUCAUUGAAAUUCAGGUGUUCAACCCAAAUGUGGAGUUAAUUAGUGGAAAAAAGGUUCUUAAUGGAUUAUCGUCAGUUUAAAAACGCUCUGUUCUCUGUGACCACACAGCACGAAUCCCUUAAGUUUCACCUCAACUGAAAAAGGGUUAGUCCUAAGUCCUUUUAAGGUUUUUAUCUUCAAUCACUAUCAAACUCAAUCCCUUAAUUUUUAUUACCUUUAAAAAUUCCAUUAAUUUACCCAUUAAUGAUACUGUAUUUUAAUGGGAUGAUUAAUAAAUUAUUUAAUGGAUUAUUAUAUAUAAUGGUAUUUUAAUGGAUUAUGUGCACAGUUUAAGUUUUAAAAAAAAAACCUUUUAAAUGACUACGACAAAAUCCAUCCCUUAAUUUAUAACUUAAAAGGGCCUUAAAAUUUAAGGGAUGUUUUCACGCUGUUUGGUAAAAUUUAAUGGGUGUUUAACCCCUUAAAAAAACCUUAAUCCAUGCAAAUGAUCCAUUAAAACCCCUUAAUAUAUUACAAUCCAUUAAUAUAUGCAUCACUUAGCCCUGAAUUUGAGUUUUUAAGGGUUAUUUUCUCUGUAAUAAGCCCUUAAACUGCGCAGGUGAUCAAUUAAAAAGACCUUAACAUAUUACAAUUCAUUAUUUAUCCCCUUAAAUCAUUAACUAAUUUACCCUUUAAUAAUGAUGUAAUUAAGUAUUUUAGAGAGAGAGCCUUUUAAGGGUUAAAACUAACCCUAAAUUCAGGGGUUAUUUAAUGGAUUCUAAUAUAUUUAGGCAUUUGUGAUGAAUUAUCUGCAGGGUUUAAGGGUAAAAGCUCUUUAACUGUAGUUACCGUGAGCAGAUAUUGUAGAAAGAAAUGAUUUAAAAAUGUUGUCAGUGUAAUUUGUUGUUUUAAUCUUCUGAUCAGAGAAUCAACAGGAUGACCAUGAUGAAGGACUGAAAACUGCAGUCUUUGAACCUUACUGUGUUUUUAACAGCUGUGAGACUUCCUGUCCUGAAUCUGAGUCACUGCAGCUAACCGCUAACUGCAGGUAACCGCUAAGUGCAGCUAACAGGCCUGCAGGGAGCUUCGUACACUGAACAGUGCCACCUGCUGUUUGCACUGAGGACAGUUUAUAUUUCAAUUCAAGUUUCAAUAACGUUCAACUUAAAGGGACAGGCCGACACUUUAUUAAAGGUUAAAAUUCGGCACCUUUCUUCUGUUUUCUCCAGAGUUGAGAUGUUUCAGUUUGAUCUCGGUGUGUCCAGGACUGUUAGCCUAGCUUAGCACAAAGACAGUAAGCAGGGGGAAACUGCUAGCAUAGCUUCGCACAAAAACUGGAAGCAGAGGAAACUGCCAGCCAGUGUAUCCACAAAACAGCUAGCGUAACCAAUGUUAUAUUAGCUUUUUAUAGCUACAUGUUUGUUAUAGUAGCUACAAAUAGUUAGCAUUUAACAUUAGCUACCAUAACAUACGCUAGCUACAAGCAGGUAACAUAUCAGAUGUUAUGCUAGCUGUUAAUAGCUAGCCAGUGUUAUACCAGGACAUGUGUAACCUAGCUAGCCUAGCUUGGUCAAAAGAUAAAAAAACCUUGUUCCAACAACUCCAAAUUGUUUGCUUGUAGUUAGUUUUAUGCUAACAGAACAGUAUUAGCACCUGUGUAGCAUUAGCUCAGAGCUUUAAAGUUCAGUUAAAAGCAGAGACUGAUUAUUGCUAGCUUACUACAGGAAUACCUGUAGUAAGCUAGUGAGACACAGUUAGCCACACAGUGUUAACCUGCUAACUAAAGAUUAGCAUUUUCAGGGGCUCAUCCCAAAGAUGAGGAUAAUUAAUUAAUGGGGGCAAAAAAUGAAAGGAAAGGAAACUGUGGUGUACGCAAGCGCACUGCCUUUUUAAUACGCCAGGGGUUACGUACACGUCACUGCUGAUUGGUGGAUGUGUCAGGUGUUACCCAAACAAGAAAAUGUACCUCAAAGCCUGUUGCACACUGUUCUGAGGAAACAUGUCGUUCAAACCGGAAACCGUAGCAAAAUGUUUUCAGAGGUUCAAGCCACGUCUUCCUCCUCACCUGUUGAUUCUGUGAGGCGUUCAAUGACCCGUCUGUUUCUUCCAAUGAGCUGUGAGGCGUUAACUGUCCUGUAUGUUUGUGUGAAACGAGGCUCCUGGACGGUUUCUGUUCAUGUUCACAUAUUUUUGGAAAAAUUAAAAAGGAAAUAAGCGUGUUACCAAA